UUGUGCACAAUGGAGGCACACACUCACACCAGUCAGUGUUCGGACGCAGCCACAGAAUCCUGGCUGGUAAUUUAAAGCGUUCCAUUUUUAAAAGUUAAAAUGAGUAUUUUUUUCCUUCUUCUGGCCGUUUGCUUUGUUAAUGGUGUUAAGUACGAUGGGCUGAGAGUAAAAUUCGGCUGGUCGGACGCGCUCGCCAACAAAGAGUACUUCUUCAAGUUGCCUCGCACGGCGCUGGAGGCCGAGGGGCUGGAGUGGACGCGAACGGAGCGCCCGCCCGGGCCCCUGCCCGAGCUGCGGAUGUACUGCCUCCAGGGCAGGGCUGUGUGCCCGCUGUAUGAUGCUGCCGGGUUCGUUGCUGGCCUGCAACUUGCUUUGCCAGUGGAAAACUUCGAGUCGCUGGCCAUCAAGCCUGAGAAGAAGUUCACCAAGUGGUCGGCGCCGGGGACGCUGGGGGACCCCGCGCGGGACUACUGGACCACCACGCAGUACUUCGUGUCGGAAGAGUCCAUGAAGGCGGGCGCAGGUCCUCAACUAGAGAACGGGGAGACGCUACAGGACGGCGCCGUGUGGGUGAAGGGGCAGGACGGGGUGCUGCUGCGCGUGCCCAGCACGGAGCAGGAGCUCAACACCACCGCCUUCAAGAAGCAGAACUGCAUACCUAACAUGGGAACCCACUACUACUACAACAUGACGCCGCAGAUGAAGUGCGAGGACUUCCUGCCGUGGUUCGCGCUGGUAUCCCGCGGAGACCUGGUGGGCACCGGCUUCCAGAUGUUCGGGAAGCUCACCAAGCCGCCGGCGAAGCUGAUCGACUGGUUCGAGCGACCGCCGUCCCCCAAGAAGAGCGCUGAUAUAACAAUACCCCUAGCCCCGCCGUGCCUCGGCGAGUGGGCACAAUCCUACGGUGUGGUCUCCCUCCACAUCUAUUACAUCGACGAGCCGUGGAAGAUCAAGUGUGAGACUGGAGACAGCAUCAGGCCAGCCCCGGCCCUGGACCGGUUCAUGCUCAACGGAUACCGCUACGCCAGCCAAGUCGCUGAUGAGUUCAAAAAACUGUUCAGUGGAUAAGUGUGCUGUGUGUUGAAUAGAAUUUGCAGAAUGUUUUAAGUACGUUUGUCUACCUUAUUGCUAUUGCGCCCGUUUUUUGUCCUAUCUGCAAUGCGUAAGUGUGUAUAAUUAAUAAUAGUAAAGUAUUAAAUAUAAAAAAUACCUAACUACCUUUUU